ACCUGCUGCCUGUCUCAUUUGACAUCAUGCUAGCUUUUAGAUAGCUCCAACAAACUUCAUCCAUGUGACAUGUUUGUGUUGACUGCACUGGAGUAAAACAGGUGCCUGUUCCAGUGUCAGCUCGGCAGCUGCAGUGAAGACAAAGCUCUGACAGUUUUCAAGCUGGACUUCUGACUGCUGCUUUUCUCAAUGAGGUACAGAGGAGCUCAGAUCUGUCUCUGGGCUCAUGGCUCGUGCUGUAUAUCCCGACUCUCCUUGCCUGGAUCUCCGCCUGGCAGAAUCGCUCUGGUACGAACCUACAGCGCUUACCAUCAGCCUGGCUCACCCCCACCCGCUAACCCAGCCCCUCCUGAGGGGAAGGGAGGAGCUGAGGUGGUGAAGGAGCGUGCAUUGGCUGCCUUACAGCAUGUAGGUGAGGUGAGCCGACAGUGGGGUCAGUGGUCGGCUCAGAUGGCCACCGCCACAGUCAACAACUGGUGGGCGAGGUACGAGGAGUUCGUCGGCCUCAACGAGGUCCGCCAGGCCCAAACCAAAGUCACUGAGGCUGAGUCAGCGUUCAUGGUGGCCAGAGGGAUGGUACGAGAGGCUCAUACCAGCCUGGAGACCCUGCAGGGCAGACUGAAGGAGGUCAGAGACCGCCUGGACAGAGUCUCCAGGGAGGAGGCUCACUACCUGGAGCUGGCAACAAUGGAGCACAAACUGCUGCAGGAAGAGCGUCGUCUUCGGACAGCCUAUGAGAACGCAGAGGCUGCAGAGAGGGAGAAGUUUGCCUUGUUUUCAGCAGGUGUGAGGGAGAGCCACGAGAAGGAGAGGACGAGAGCCGAGCGCACCAAGAACUGGUCCGUCAUCGGCUCGGUGCUAGGAGCCCUGAUCGGUGUCAUGGGAUCGACGUACGUCAACCGCGUCCGCCUGCAGGAGCUGAAGACUCUGUUGCUGGAGGCCCAGAAAGGUCCAGAGAGCCUGCAGGAAGCCCUCAGGGUUCAGGCUGGAAACCAUCGCUCCCAGCAGGACGAGCUCAGAGCGCUCAUCGACAGCCUCAGGUUCACUCUGCAGGACGUCUUCACGAAGAAGGACGCCUCCCUUCAGGAAAAGGGAAGUCCGCCUUCAGACUCAACCUUCGUGCCUAUUUCAGCCUUAAAAGAUCUCCACGUUGGCAGCCAAAGGACAGAGACCCUCCUGGAGUCCCUCCCACCACAACUGGGCCAACUUGAGCAAGGACUCGGUCGGGUAGAGAGCGCAGUCUCGGAGGUGAGGAAGCUGCUGGAGGCCAGACUGCAGACGGAAACGCAGGCAAGUCAGCCGCUGCCGGAGAGCGUAGAAAGACCAGAGAGACCAGAAAUACCAGAAAGAGGGGACCAGUGGGAGUCUGAGGUGGUGAUUAGGAGUCUAGAGGAGACCCAGAGGACGCUGGGAGAAGGAAUCAGGAAGAACACUGUUUAUAACGCAGUGAUCACGUCCACCGCAACAGCCGUCACCAUCUCAGCGCUUUACAUGCUGCUCAGAGGAACCGGUUAGAGAAGAUACCUCCAGUUAGAAUAAGUCCACAUGCACUGAAACUCUACCAGUUAUAAUCUUUAAAUGAAUUUUAUCAGAAUAUGACAUUUACAUGGUUGGAAGUGACGCAGUUUCUCUAAUAAACUGGUUUACAGGUGUUGAUUUGGGCUCGUCAUCUACCGCUCACGUUUACUUGAACUACUGAAGCUGAGAGCGACAGAUGGGUUCGUCUUGUUCUUAACUGUCUAAUUUUAAGAUUAAUUUAACAGGAGUUUUUCGCCUUAUUUCCAAUUAUGCUGCGUUUAUAUUUAUCACUUCUUUAAAUUAUCAAACGUGAUCAUCAGAUGGUUGUGAUUGUGUCUUAACUGAGAGUACUACUGAUUCAGAUGUCU